AUGGACAUUCAAGGGGUGGUCCAUCUCAGCCCGGCGUUGUCCAUCAAGCAGGAUGCUAUUUGUUCUCCUGGAUUUCCUCCCCAUGCGAUAGCACACGUUUCGUUUUUGGCAGGGGAUGGCGACAAUGAUAGUGAACAUGUCAUUGUUCGAGAUGGGCAUGUUCUGCGCGUAUUCGCUCCAAAACGGCACAUUGUGGGGCAACAUAAGUCAGAGCAUGAGCUUGAAGUCCACCACUUCGUUGGCUUAAUCGAAACUCUUAUCAGCACCAUUGAUUUCGAGCAAAGCUCAACGGUUUUCUUGGUCCUUCGAAGGAAUGGACAUUGUCUGGUACCGACACUGUUACGACCCACAACCUUUACAGUUACUCAUCUGACCUGGGAGCGCCUCAUCGAUGAGCGCGAAAUUGAAAUUAACGAGUGGACCUAUGACAUGAAUCGGAGAGGAAGGUGGAACAACACGGACGUCGAAAUCUGGUAUGGGCACGAAGAUCACUAUCUGAGGUUCAUGCAGAAGACCAUGGUCUCCCUUGACGCUUUGCGGCAGCGUAACUUGGACCUACAUUUCAAGGUACUAGGCCAUAUGGUUCAUGAUGAUGAAGUUGUUGGAAUUGUCAUGGAACCAAAGGGUGGCCGUUAUGUUGAGUUUCGUGACCGUGUAUUGGCGUACAACGCAUUUCAAGAGCUACAGAAGGACAAUUUACUCAUAGGCUUCCCUCAGUUCAGCUUCUCCAAUAUGAAAAUUUCUGACGGCAAAGAGCACUUUGAGACCAGGACUCUUCAGCUCCUGAGAGACCUCUCUUACGAACGCGAUCCAGAGCGAUCGGCGCACACCAGAAAAAAUCACUGGGAUUCUCUAGACUCGAUGAUGGAUAUACUCGAGUCUUUAAUGCGAGUAUGCAAUCAAAAUCCUUAG